AAUGUCAAUUUGGGUCUCAGAUUGCAUCCCCGUGUUUUGGUGUUAGGGCAUCCUCACUCCUCUCCAAACGCAGAAGACAGACACACGCGCGCAGUGGAUGUCGUAGAUCGCGGCGUGAAAGUAGCAUAAUAUUAUUUUAAUUGAAACGACACUGAAAGUACACAUACCUAUUGGCAUCUCUUCUACCGGAGAGACCAGACCUGCAGCAUCCGUUCACUUUUCCACGGUAGGCUAUUGUAGACUGGGCUGUAUACUGCCUAGUCUGUUGUAGUGAAUGUACUGACAGCGCAGGCACCAACAACUUUUUUUAUUCAUUUUUCAACGGCAACUUUUACAUUCUGGAAUAACAUCCAACGGACCUCGCGGAUUUCAUGUGGCGAUUCACUUGACAGAAGAAAAUAGUCUGCUAACAUUUUUAACGUACCGAACUUGUUGGACUCAUCAUCAGCUUUGAAAUAUGUUCAGUAAGUGUUUGGUCACAUUCUUGCAUUUCUCAAUUCUGGUGCGUGUGUUGAUGGCUCAUGAAUGUAAGCCCUGUGAUAUCCGGACGUGUCCGCCGAAAGCCUGCGAGAGCGGCCGGACUCUAGCCAAGGACCCGUGCGGAUGCUGCGACCAGUGUAGCCGGCUGGAGUGGGAGCCGUGCGGCGGCGAGGACUGGGAACUAGGCUACUGCGCCUUAGGACUAACCUGCGCGGCUGUCAGCCAAACGGGAGCUGCAACGCUCCCUGAUAUAGGAGUUUGUAAAGUUCUGCCUGACAGCCCGGAGGCUGGGUUGGAGGAUGAGCGCUGCCCCCUGCAGACGGGCUGUGACAGAGCGGGGGCCAUGUGUGUGUGUGACGCUCGUCACUCCUGCCUGGGCUCCUUCUCCUACCCUGACAUGGAAUCCUGCAUGAGGGCCGGCAAGACAGAGAGCCGUAGACAUGAGCACCGGGACAGGCACAGGGAGAAGUUUGUGGGCCCCUCCAACCCAGCCUGCAUGUUUUCUGGGUGCAACCUGACAGGACAGGGCUGUGUGUGUGAGUCCCAGAGCUGCUACCACCACUUCGCCUACAUCAACCGCAGCCAGUGCCAGGAGGCCGCAGAGGAGCUGAAGUGUGUCGGGAUCACAUGCCCUGCUCUGUCCGUGCCCUCCUGCCCUGAGGGCUCGGUUCUGACCAAGAGCUACACUCCCCCUGCUGGCUGCUGCCCCACUGUGCCCCCCCAGUGCACCUGUGACCUCCGCGCGUGCCACAAGCCCCGGUGCCCCUCCGGCCAGAAGACUGCACCACUCAGCCAGGCCACCGGCAAGCCAGGGGACUGCUGCGAUGUGUUCGAAUGCCUCAAAGUUUCCCCCAAGUGUGUCCACAACGGGAAGGAGUUUUCCGAGGGGGAGGUGUACCGUAUGGACCCUUGCUGGCUCUGCCAGUGUCGAGGAGGGAUAUCCUUCUGCUCCAAAGCGGAAUGUGCGGAACUGGACUGUGAGAACUUCUACAUCCCAGAGGGAGAAUGCUGCCCUGUAUGCAUAGAUGUGGAGCUCCUGUCUAUGGACAGCACAGAGGCCAGUUGCUGGGUGAACAACAAGCUGCGUGGCCACGAGGAGCAGUGGAAGGAGGAUGACUGCACCUUCUGUCAGUGUGUGGAUGGAGACCCUCACUGUACCGCCAUGGCUUGCAAACAGAGCUGCCAGAACCCAGUCAAGAUCCCUGGAGAAUGCUGCCCCUUCUGCGAGGAGCCUUCGUAUGAGACGGUGAGCCCUAUGCUGUGUCCUCGUCUGGAGAACUGCUCUUUCUCAGGGAAGGACUGCCCCUACGGCUUCCAGCAGGACAACAACGGCUGCCUGCUCUGCCAGUGCCUCAACCAUUACUCCUGCCCUGACCUGGGGAAAUACUGCUCGCUGCAAUGCCCCGUGGGAUACGAGAAGGAUGACUUUGGCUGCGAGGUGUGUGAGUGCAGCUCUCCAAUGCCCAAGUGCCGACCCCUGACCUGCAGCAAGACCUGCCCCUACGGAUAUGUGAGGAAUAAGCACGGCUGUGAGAUGUGUCGCUGUGUCAAGUGUCCCCCCUUCACCUGUGACAAGCACUGCAGUGAUGGCUACCGGCAGAACAGGAAGGGCUGCUCCAUCUGCAUGUGCAAAGAUAGUGGCCACCUGCCAAGCACCACUGCCCCCACCCCUAUGCCCAGCUACUGCCUGACCUCCAACGGGCACCGCUAUGAGGAGGGCGAGAGCUGGCACGACGGCUGCCGCGACUGCUACUGCCACACUGGGAGAGAGAUGUGUGUGCUCAUAUCCUGCCCUGUGCCCAGUUGCACCAACCUCGUGGUCAGGCCUGACCAGUGCUGCCCCACUUGUGAAGAUGAAUCAGGAAGUGGUCAGCCGGAGGGCAUGGACUUGGUGGUGUGCCGGGCCCCUGGGGGGGAACUCUAUGUGGAGGGAGAGACCUGGAACCUGGACGACUGUACACGCUGCACCUGCAGGAAGGGCCGCGUCCUGUGCGACACUGAAGUGUGUCCCCCUGCUGUGUGUCAGUUCCCAACCAGGAACAAGGACACCUGUUGCCAUGUCUGCCCAGAGGGUCCCCUGCUACCAGUGAGCACCAGUCAGCAGGAGUAUUGUAUCUCUAGCGAGGGAGACGUGCUGUUGGCUGGGGACACCUGGAAGGCCAACGCUUGCACCAGUUGUUCCUGCAACAACGGAACCAUUCAGUGUUUCUCCCAGCGCUGCCCGCCUGCCAACUGCAGGGUGCCCGUCCUGCGCAAGGGCCAGUGCUGCCCUCACUGUCUAGAAAUGACAACAACGUCCGUUCCAAUGAUGGUGUCGACCAAGGACCCCAAGACCAGGGUUACUACCACAGUGGACAACACAGUCUGGAUCACCACUGCCACCGUACCUCCCAUCAUUGCUGCGACAGACGGGAACAGCCUGGGAGAGAACUUCCCCAGCCAAACUGAGAUGGCUCUCAUCUACCAAUCAGCAGCCUGGAUACUGGCCGGUCUACUCCUGGCCAUCAUCAUCUUCCUCACCGUGGCACUCCUCAUCAACAAGAAAAAGAAGUGGGUGCAGAUGUCCUGCUACAGCGCCCCCAAGAAGACUGUGAUCCUGAAGAAGCAUGUGAAUAAGAACUCAUUGGUGUACAUGGAACCUUCAAAGGAGAACAAGUUCCAGAGCGUGAAGAAUGACUGCAGCAUCAACUUCUCCCCAGAGAUGAGCUCACCGUGUGUGGAGAGAAUGAGCAUCCCCCGGGCCAAGCUGAGUAUGGGCCAGGGCAGGGGGCAGCGCUAGAUCCCUACAGGCCUCCGACCACCAGCCCCCUAAACGGACCCCCAAACUCUACACCGCCCGCAAGGCUACCCAAUACUUACUCUUCUCUCUUUCACACAUUUCCAUGGUGAUCGAUCCACAAAACUAUAUAUUGUACUGUACAGCCACACACAUGUCUGGGAUUCCCCCCCUUCUCUCUCUCGCUGGCAGUAAAACUGAUGAUCCACAACGAAACACAAAACAUUGCAACUUCCUGUUGCUUUAUCAUACUGCUAUAUCCUGCGUUUGGAGCUUUACUGUUGCCUGGCUGCUGGUGCAGUGAGGAGAGGCAGGAGGAUGUGGCCAUUCUGGGACUUUGCCAUACAGUUCACCACAGACAGAAAGACAGCCAGAGAGGCUACUACUCAGCCAGAGAGCUCUGCACUGUGAACAUGAUCAUUUUUGCUUCUCGCCUCCUCUGGAGCUGGAACAUGAAGCUAAUAGGAGAAGUAUAAAAGCUUUAGGACAACAGUUUGAGUUCUAGACUAGAGGGUCUCCAGUCUGCUGGUUUCCAUGUGCUGCAGCGCAGCACUCAAUUGAUCAACAAUUGUAUUAGAUGUGAAGCCAAUUUAACUGGUCUUCCAGUUGUAAUCAAAAUAUUGGAUGGGAGGGAUUAGCAGAUAUAUCUCUAGAUCCAUGACUCUCUCCUCUCUGCAGUCAAUGACUGAGCAACAUCAGAACCCAGCAGACUCAGGGAAAAUAGACCCAUACUCCUGCUUUAGAACGUUUGGUAUCCAUCUUAGCUUCUUUUUUUUUGUAUUUCUAUGUGUAUUAGUUGUAGUGUAUUUCUUGGUUUUGUGAUGGUCUCCAAGGUGGCAAGAUUAAAACAUUGUAAACACCAGACUAAACGUUCUCCAUUAACGCAGAGGAAGGAUGCUCUUCUCUUCCCACUUACUGUAGUGGUUCCUGUCUGCCUCAAAGAUGAUGACCAAGUCAUUCCAUUCAGAAAACAACCAGCCACCCUGGAGAGAGGGAACAAAUACAGUAUGAGUGAAUGUAGUCUGCAUCGGCCGUGAAGCCAGUGUGUCUGUCUGUAAUACAGUAUGUUCCUUCAUCCUUCUCUACUCAAUAACUCUUAGUCUGGUUUCCUUCAGAAGGAAUCAUCCCAUUGACUGAACUUCAUCAUGUAGAAAUGGCAAUGGACUUCAAGAUGAAGUGGAUUAACAUGAAUCCAGACUUAUUUUAUAGCUUGCAGAUAAGAGGACUCGUUACAAGAAACUACAGAAGCAGUGCCAGACCUUCUGGAGUGACUCAUGAGGAAUGUCGAUAUACAGUAAGCCUCACUUAUAUAAGUUAAUUUACUGCCGUGCGCAAACAGGAGCUACUGUUUCCAGAGAAUGUUAACAUGUGCAUUAGUGGCCUUAAUUUUAUAGCCUUAAAUGUUUCUCAUAUUUCAUUGUUUCUCCUAUAAUAACAUAUUCUAGCCCCAAGUCAGUACAUUUUGAAGAGUCCAACUGAUGUGCUGUGUAUUCCAUACCCACGUAACCUGACUGAAGGUCUCCCCAUUCCACCAGUUUAUAACGUAUUACAGCGAACAAGGGUAAGGGGUUCAAGGAGACUGCUAUGAACUGUAAAUAAUAGUACAUUACAACAUCAGAGCAUGUUCAUGAAAAUUAGCACUUUUGUAAGGAUCCAGUGUUUUAAAAAGCUGUGGGGGAGAAUUCCUAGAGGGAUAAAGGCCUAAUCGGGGAUUUAAUAGGCAUAUUUAGCACGUAAUGAGAAACCACUCAAGUUAACAUACUGUUGCAGCACAGUCUUCGCUUACUAACAAUCUGAUCGAUCUAGUGAAAGAGCUGUACUUUGGAGCUUUACAAAACAGACUGGGGUUUAAUAAGAAAUCUUUGGGCCUGAUUUCAUAAUUACAUUGCCACUCUCUUGAUACAAAGACCAUUGUGAUGUCAAAACUGGGUGGAGACAAAUGUAGAUUUCUAUUGAAGAGUUAUAAAAGUAAUUCUGUAGAUUUGGGUCUGUUUGAAUCACAACCAUGUGCUUUAAAUGAAGUGAAGAUGCGACUUGUAAAAGCUUACAGUUAUUUGUUUUUCCUAUGUGUAAAAAAGGUAGAUAAAAGUAGUGGACAGAAGAGUACCUUAUUUAUUUUUUCACAUAGCUUUAUUUAUUAAUACUAAUCUAUAGUUUGAGAUGUGUUUUUGGCAAAUGAACUUGGUAGCCAAAGCCGCUGUACAUUUUCGAUAUUGUAAACCAUUUACCAUUUCUAUCUGCUUUGUUAUUCAAGCUUAUUUAUUUUACUGUUGCAAACUGUAAAUACAUUUUUCUUAGAUGUUGAAUUGUAACAUUUACACUUAUUUUGAAAAAAUAAAAUGUGUGAACAAAAAUGA